AUGUAAUACUUAAAUAAUAAUAAUAAAAAAAUAUCUAUAUAAAGGUAUAAUACAUCAAGCACAUAUUCAAAAGAAGAUCGAACUGGAGGAUCAAAUGGUUCAACAAUGCGUUUUGAGAAAGAAAAUAAAGAUCCAUAAAACUAAGGUUUAGAAUAUGCAAGAAAUUUCCUUGAGACAAUAAAAAAUAGAUAUCCAGGCAUCUCUUAUUCUGAUUUAUGGAUUUUAGCUUCUUAUGUGGCAAUAGAGGAAGCUAGAGGACCCAAAAUUGAAUUCGUUCCAGGCAGAAAAGACGCUUAUUGGUAAAAUAAAUGUCCUCCUAAUGGAAGAUUGCCAGAUUUAAACAAAGACAGUAAACAUUUAAGGGAAGUAUUUUAUAGAAUGGGUUUUUCAGAUAAAGAAAUUGUGGCUUUAAUAGCAGGAGGACAUCAGUUUCCUAUAGAUUUAGAAUUAAAAAAGGAUCCAGAAUUAAGAAAAUAUUCAAUUUUGUAUAAGGAAGAUUAAUUAUAAUUUUAAAAUGAUUUUGCACAAGCAUUUAAAAAAUUAACAGAAUUAGGAUUUAAAGUAUUUUGA